AUGAAGGAGCCCCGGGAGGGGAACUCAGCGUCUGUGGCGUCACGUUUUUCAACAAAAGUGCUUACAGACUCAGGUGAUAGUGUAUGUCGUACUGAGAAUGCACUGGUUAUAGUUUUAGACCUGACCCCUUCAGCAUGGACUGGUGCUACAGCUCCAAGUGAUUUGAAACUGCAAUUACCAGGGUUUUUUCGACUUGUAUAUCGAUUCUUGAAGACAUAUGCGUUCAUGUCCGCAAACCAUCGUUGCUGUGUCAUAGGUACUCACAAUUCAGGGGCACGUAUAUUAUAUGAGGGAGAACCUUCUUCGGAUUGGCUUCCAUCGUGUUUCGGUAAUGCUAAGGACCAGAAUGCAAGAUCCGAUGCUACGAUCUUAAAGUUUUGGAACGCCAUGCUAGAAUUUAUCGGUACAUGUAUACCAUCGUCCAAGGACCCAUUGCUGACAACUGCUCUUUCCAUGGGUUUGCUAUAUCUGAAUCGUCUGCGUGUUACUGGUGCCGGUUUCGGGCGUCGUAUCAUAUUCUUAGACGUCUCCGCAACCAACGAGUAUCGCUCACAAUAUAUCGGCCUUAUGAACGUCGCAUUUACAGCAUCUAAAUCGAGUAUCAGUAUUAACACGUGUGCGUUUCGUCGAUCUUCGCGCAUACUGGAACAGUUGAGCGACGUGACCAACGCCAAAUACCUAAACCUAUCGAAGGUGCUGCAGUCUGUGGAAGACAAUGAGAGUCGUGAACAGUCAGUUUUGCAGCUAUUGAUGUUCUGGUUUCUGCCUUCAGAGGGUGUCUCGGAGCAACUUUCUACUCAACUACCUUUUGACUUUAGCAACACUGCGGUAUGCUACUGUCAUUAUCGCACGGUUGAUAUUGCGUUCCUUUGUCCAUGUUGCUUUGCUGUGCAUUGCUCCGAGAAGGACGACAAGGGUCGGUAUCGCAUAUUUUGUCUCGUAUGCAACUCGCGUCUAUCAAGACCACUGGUGAAGCGUAAGUCGGCAGGCGAUGCUGAUUUCUCAAAGACUUGA